CCCCCGCCCCCUCCGGGCAUCCCUCCACCCCCACCGCCCCCUCCACCAGGCGGAGGGAACCCCAGUCAUGGCCACCGCAAGAAGAAGAGAGUCCGCAGCUUCUUCUGGAAGACCAUUCCGGAGGAGAAGGUGCGCGCCAAGCCCAACAUCUGGACCCUGGCCACUCGGCAGCAGCAGCAGUACCAGAUCGACGUGCGCACCAUCGAGGAGCUCUUCGGCCAGCACGAGGAGGCCCGUUCGGCAGGCGGGCUCAGCCGGGGAGACCGGUCCAGAGGGUCCCUCAAGGAGACCAAAAAGGAGAUCUGUAUCCUGGACUCCAAGAGAGGCAUGAACGUUGGCAUUUUCCUCAAGCAGUUCCGAAAGUCUAACCAGGCCAUUAUUGAAGAUAUUCACUUUGGAAAGAGUGCCCCCUUUGGUUCAGAGCCCCUGAAGGAACUGUUGAAGCUGCUGCCGGAGUCAGAUGAGCUGAAGAAGCUCAGAGCAUUCAAGGGAGAUGCGGACCGCCUUUCUCUCGCCGACUCAUUCAUGUACCUUUUAAUCCAGGUACCAAGCUUUGAACUGCGCCUGGAAGCCAUGGUGCUGAAAGAGGAGUUUGCCCCUCUCUGCUCGGCGAUGAGCAACGAGAUCGAUAUCAUGCGUACGGCAACGAAAGAGCUGAUGAGCUGUGAGGAGCUGCAUGCCAUUCUGCACCUGGUGCUGCAAGCGGGGAACAUCAUGAACGCAGGUGGUUACGCCGGCAACGCGGUGGGCUUCAAGCUGUCCUCCCUCCUCUCCCUGGCGGACACCAAGGCAAACAAGCCUGGAAUGAACCUGCUGCACUUUGUGGCUCUGGAAGCCCAGAAGAAGGAUGAACAUCUGCUGAAGUUCCCUGAGAAGCUUGUGCAUGUUCAGAGUGCAGCUCGGAUGUCCUUGGAGAACGUUGAAGCCGAGUUUCAGUCGUUGCACAGACGGACGCAGUCGGUGGAGGCCAAGGUCCUGAAGGAUGCCGGGCUGCAGCAGCAGCUGGAUGAGUUCCUGCAGAGCUGGUCGAGAGCCCUGCAGGACCUAAAAAAGAGACGGACGGAUCUGCGGCAGGAGGGAAACGCGCUCAUUGAUUUCUUCUGCGAGGACAAAGACACCUUCAAACUGGACGACUGUUUCAGGAUAUUCCAGGACUUCUGCCUGAAAUUCAAAAAGGCUGUCCAGGACAACUGGGAGCGUGAGCUGAAGGAGGUAGCCAAACAGCGGCGUCUUCGGGAGCUGGAGGAGAAGCGGCACUCGUGGGCGGGCAACGGUGACCAGGGCGGGGGCUUCGGCCGCAGCAGCAGCGAGAAUGACGUGGAGACGCUGACCAGGGAGGGGCUGCUGGACUUCCUGCAGCAGCGACCGAGGAGCCCCAACAGCCCGUUGGGCCGCUCGUCCAGCGCCAGGCGCUACCGAAGCGCCGCGUCCGCCGCCGACCGCGACCUGCGCAGCUUCCUGGAGCUCACCGCCAGCACCGACGACAACGCUAACGCUAACGCUAACGGGAGGUUGCUCAGCCCGUCUCGACCCGGCCGCUCGCCGGUCAGGGGCACUGCCGGGGGCGUGGUUCAGUGGAGUGAGGGUGCGCAACCGGGCGAUUUGGGCUCGCCACCGGAAGCUUCUGAGGGCCUGCCCACCUUCCGCGUCAGCCCCAGUGCGGAAGCAGAUCCUCACCUCGAUGACAACCGCCGCAGCGCCUUCUCCAGGCCCACGUUUUUGAUCGGCGCCGACCCGGAGACGAACGUCUUCCAGAAGGCGGCGGGCAGCGGUCGGGGACAGAUGAGCAUCAGCGUGGAAAGGCACACCUUGGUCCCGAGACUCCAGCCGUUUGACUUUGUCCCCCCUGGCAGCGGUGGUGACGAUAACGGUAACGUGCGCCUAGCCGACAGGGGAGAUGUGGUCAUCACCGACUUGGAGAUCUUGGACACUCCUGCUUCCAGUACGAGCUCGGGCCCGAGCAGAGGGUCAAUUGCAGGGCGGGACGAUAAAACAGACUCGUCCACUGGACCGGAGCAAGAGGAGAACAGCACAGACUCCUCAGUGACGCAUAAUCCCCCUCCAGCUCUUGAACCUUCAGUGUCAAACAAACAGCCUAUACCCCACUUCCUGGACUCCACAGACACGGACUGCUCAGUGAUACUGGACUACUCUGAGACGGACUCCCCUGUUUCGAGGGCGGGGAAGGCUUCUGAAAUGCGGACACAGGUGAACGACAGUCGCGGUAAUGUCCAGCACUCUUUGUCUAUGUCUACCAAUGAGCCGUCAGUGUCUGCAUCCACCAAUGAGACAUCAGUAUCCGCAUCCACCAAUGAGCCAUCCAUGUCUGCAUCCACCAAUGAGCAAUCAAUGUCUGCAUCCACCAAUGAGAAGGCAGCAUCCCCUCCUACCAAUGACCCUGCUGUAUCUCCAUCUACCAAUGAGCACUCUGCUUCUGCAUCCACCAGCAAGCCCUCUGUGAUUUCAUCAACCAAAGAGAAGCCUGCACCUACAUCUGCAUCUUCAUCAACCAUUGACCAGCCAGCUUCUCCUUCAGCCAAUAAGCACUCGGCGUCUACAUUCACCAAUGAUCAGACUGACCCUCAAUCCGGUAGUAACACCCCUGAGUCUGUUCCCUUGUCUUCCAGAGAUGACACAACUAAGAGGAAAGAAGUGGAUGAGAAGCCAGUGGACGGUAAGGCUGCAGCAAGCACAAAAACCGUAAGCUCAAAAAGCAAACCUGCCUCUAAAAACCCUGUGAAUAGCACAAAAAUACGGUCAGUACGAACACUGACCACCUCAGAGAACCAGAGCAUGCGCAAGGUAGUGCCCAUCUCGAAAGUGAACCGCUUGGGCGGCGUUGCUGGAAGGUCGGAGAGAGCGGUAGGUCAGGAAAACACACGGCGGUCCCUGCAGGACCACAGCGCCCCCUCCAGGAGGACUGAGCCACAGCGCGGCUUGUCCCGCCGUACCAGCCUCCCUCCCGAAUACCCGAAGACUCAGAAGACCCCACAGCCUGGAGCCCUGAGCCGAGGGCCGUCCUUCAAGAAGCCCGCCACCAAGCCCGUCCGGACUGUCCCCAAGCCCCCGCCCGAGGAGAAGAUGUGCCGCUCCACCAUGCGGGCGUUGGGCCUGGCCCAGGGCAGCGGCAGCGCCCCACCGACCCCCGCCCACAGCUCCAAGAGCCCCCUGCCUGGCUUUGCCCGAAACACGGUGGCCUCCUCCUCCAGGAGGAUGAAGAAGGAUGCUAGCCCCAGCUCGACUCCGUCCACCCCCUCAAAAAGCAGCACCCUCACCCGGACUGGGUCCCUGAGGCGUGGGCCCAACAGAGUGGCCCCCGCGGGCCGCCAUUUUGUGCCCGGGAGCGGGGAGGAGAAGACUCUGCCGAGGAGCCCAAGCUUGAGAGGCCACAGUCGGGUCGUCCAUCCGAAUGCAACUCCUCCCUCUCCCAGAGGCCACUCCCACAAGUUCAGCAGUAACCUCUCCGAUAAGUCCGUUCAUUCUAAAGACUCCGCCUCCAGUAACACUCUCAAACCCACGUGGAAAUGACCGACCGAUUAAAGAACAUUCUGUUUGUGAGAAACGACAAACUUCAUGAAGUUUUGAAUUGUUUCAUUGAAUAAAUGUUUGUUCAGUUUAUUUAACUUUAUCCUUUAGGUUUAAUCAAUCAUUGUUUUCAUUGUCCUUUGCCAUUGUCUUUGAAUGGGUCCUUUUGGCAGGAUUUUUAAAUAUAGUACAUCUCUUCCUGUUUGGAGUAUUUUUCAAUGUUAUUGUAUAUAUCAAUUUGAUCAUUUUGAAAAGCAAAAAACACUAACAGGUAACCACUCUAUAUUUUGGAGAGUACACAUUAUAUUGACCAGGGUUUUUUUUCCUGAAAUCCUUGUAUCGUUUUCAGACGAUCUUCCUAUGAAGAGAGUAGACAGAUGACUAACCUUUUCCAUGGUGCCACACUGCUUUGUCUUGUUUUUGAUGAAGUGGGAAACUACUAAGCAUAUUCUAAUGCUGCUGAUAAGCUGGGCUGACUCAAGUUGAGUGUGUUUGUUCAGGGUACCUGUUGAUGUUUAAGCAACCUGUGUUUGUCACUGUUAUUAUGCCAGUAUAUUUUUUUGCAAAGCCAUAAACCAACCAUUCCCUCUCAAGCACUAUUCAGAAUUCUCAAAAUUCAUAAAUCUCUGUUGUUGCGUGACUCUAUUUUAUCAUUUUAAUAUAUCGACCAAUAGUGUCCUGUGUUCAUAAAGUGUUUUAAAUUCGUAGAAGCACUUUCAUUGUAAUAUUUACAGGACUUGUACACGCAUUGGAAAAAAUAUUUUUGUGCAUAUGUAAUAAAUUGAUGAAUAAAUGGGUGUUCAUUUUUUUGGAACGAAAUAACACAUUUGCCUGUGUUAUUUGCUGCACAUAAACAUUUUUCACCAUGGUUUAUCUCAUUGUUUCUUUUAUAAAACUGUUUUUAUAAAACUGUCUUUUUUGUUAUUCAGGCUCAUUUACCUUCCAUUUACUUUGAAAUGCACUUUUGUAAUAUAUCAUAGUUUCUCAAGUUUCACAUUGUGUCUGCCUAGUUACAUUCUCAGUUAUCACAGCUAUCAGUUUAUUAUUUGCAGUUUAUUAUUUCAAUAUUAAUACAGUGUGUUGAGCAGCUGGCUCAUGGCUGAUCUCAGAGGAAGUGCAUUGAAAAAAAAAUCAUAUUAGGCCUCACACAAAGGAAUACUGUGUACAUUCAAGGCUUGAAUUUUAAUUAAUUUGACUCGUAAAAGCUUUUGGGGAUGCAUAUUAAUGGCCACAGAGGUUGUUUUUCAGUUGUAUUUCAAGUAAAACUUGAUUUAAAAUUAGCAAUAUAUUAGCAGUUAGCAAUACAUAAAACUAGCGGGCCAUUUUGGGCAUGAAGUUACGCAAAGCAAGUUAUUGCAAUGUGAAAAUCAUAAUGUACAAACUGCAUAAAAACCAUUUGAAUGGUUUAGUGUGCAUUUUGUAUUGACCAUAUUGUGCACCAUGUUACUAAACACAUAAUACAAGUAAGAUCCUGAGUUUCAUGUGUGCUCCUCAAAAAUCCAAGAGGACUAUUUUCCCGUUCAAACACAAACAUACACACAAACACUUUUGCAGGAUAGCGCCUCUAGCUAAACUUCAACCCCCUGGUGAUUUGCUUCACACUACCUACUGUAACUGCUGUUAGCCUCGAGACAAGGUGGGGAGUGUGAUCUUAUCACUGGAAAGGCAUACCAUGUCAUUAACAUGUCCUGAGCAUUAAACUUUCAGAUUCGGUCAUGAUACCUAUCAGUAGGGCUGAGUGACAUAUCCCUGUUUUUGGUGCCAAGCCAGAAAUAUCCUUUUACUGUAAUUAAAUAGGAUUUUCUAUCCUUUUCCCAUGAUGCCUCUCUGUUACUCCUGAUGUUAUGCCUUUGUGUAGUCCCAAAGCUACAAAGCUUACAAAGCUGUAAGCCCAUUUUCCCUUUCUUUUAAACUCCCCAUUGCUGAACUCUGAAGUAUAGCACACUUCAUUCCAUUAAGUCUCUCUCUCUGUUGCGAUGGCUCUGUGCAUUCCUGCUCAGCUCUCUCUAUUUUUUUAUGUAUUGCUCUCAAGUACAUAAUUGCAUUGCAUAUCAAAUGCCUGAUUUGUCCAGUUUCAUUCUCUUUUUUUUAGAAAAAAGCCUGGAAUAAUUGUAUUAUUAGUAUUGUUCCAGACCAAGAUAUGUUUGAGAUUUUUUUAAGCUUCUCAUUGUAUGUCUAAUUCAAUGGCUUAAACACAUACUAAAAUGUUCAAAAAUCAAGUUGUAAGGGUGACAUCUAGUGGAAAAGCAAGCACAGCAAGACACACAUUCCUCUAUUUGUGAAGAGAUUUAACUUUAUUUUUCUAAAUGAAAAUGUCAGGUGUAUAGCAAAACCAGUACAGUUACAAAUGCAAUAUUCCCAAUAAAUGUGACUUCAUAAUUAUUUUUUUUACAGUUAAGUGCAUUGCCACUGGAGUAUAAAUAAAGAUUUAUUGAUCCUUUGUUUUCGUAAAAUCCCUUUCAUGAAAUCCCUGUUUGGUGAUAUGUAUUAAAAGCAACAUGAUAUUAA